AUGCUUGUGAAUCACUCCCUGUCUCCAACCUCCACACACUCGCACCCUACCCCCUCCCCUGACCUCCACACACUCGCACCCUACCCCCUCCACCCCCUUCCCCCAACAUCCACACACUCGCACCCUACCCCCCUCCCCCAACCUCCACACACUUGCACCUUACCCUCUCCACCCCCUUCCUCCAACCUCCACAUAGUCGCACCCUACCCUCUCCACCCCCUUCCCCCAACCUCCACACACUUGCAUCCUAACACCACCACCACCCUCCAAACUCGACACACUUGCACCCUAACCCCUAGACCCCCUUCCUCCAACCUCCACACCCUUCCUCCAAUCUGUACCCUCUCGCACCCUACCCCUCCACCCCCUUCCUCCAACAUCCACACACUCGCACCCUACCCCCUCCACCCCCUUCCUCCAAACUCCACACACUUGCACCCUACCCUCUCCACACCCUUCCUCCAACCUCCACACCCUUCCUCCAAUCUCUACACUCUCGCACCCUACCCCUCCACACCCUUCCUCCAAUCUCUACACUCUCGCACCCUACCCCUCCACACCCUUCCUCCAAUCUCUACACUCUCGCACCCUACCCCUCCACACCCUUCCUCCAAUCUCUACACUCUCGCACCCUACCCCUCCACACCCUUCCUCCAAUCUCUACCCUCUUGCACCCUACCCCUCCACACCCUUCCUCCAACAUCCACACACUCGCACCCUACCCCCUCCACCCCCUUCCCCCAACCUCCACACACUUGCACCCUACCCUCUCCACCCCCUUCCUCCAACCUCCACACCCUUCCUCCAAUCUCUACACUCUCGCACCCUACCCCUCCACACCCUUCCUCCAAUCUCUACACUCUCGCACCCUACCCCUCCACACCCUUCCUCCAAUCUCUACACUCUCGCACCCUACCCCUCCACACCCUUCCUCCAAUCUCUACACUCUCACACCCUACCCCUCCACACCCUUCCUCCAAUCUCUACACUCUCGCACCCUACCCCUCCACACCCUUCCUCCAAUCUCUACACUCUCGCACCCUACCCCUCCACACCCUUCCUCCAAUCUCUACACUCUCGCACCUCCCCUACCCCUCCACACCCUUCCUCCAAUCUCUACACUCUCGCACCUCCCCUACCCCUACCCCUACCCAUGUAUUGUCCCUCCCCCUCACCUCCGGGACCUAG